AUGACUGACUCGAAACAGCACGACCAGACAUCCGUCCAUGGCGACGACAUCGAGAAGUAUUCGGCACCUCGGGAUGUGCCGGUGGAACACGCUGCCUCAGGCAUAUCCGCAGCUGAGAAUGCGGCCUUGGUGUUCAAGCAAGACGUGAGAAUCAUACCUCUCUCCGCCUUCAUCUACCUGCUCUGCUAUCUGGAUCGCUCCAACAUCGGGAACGCCAAAACUCUCAAUUCUCAAACGAAGGAUGACCUCCUCUCCGACACGGGCGUGACCAACUACCAAUAUAUCAUCGCGUUGAUGGUCUUUCUGAUCGCCUACGCCGUCUUCGAGGUCCCGUCAAAUUAUUUCCUCAGGAAUUCAAGCCCAGUCGCUGGAUCGCCUUUUUGA